CAGGCGACCUCUACAAAAACCUCCCAUCUCGCUCUAAACAUCUCUUUCACCUCCAACAUCCUCCUUCCCUUGACCUGUAUCGCCACAGCAGCAGUCCACAACUUUAAGCUCAUGCGACCGGGCAGAGUUAUCUUUAAAUAACAUGGCCGGAUCUGCUGAACACGGCGAGGACCGCCAGAUCCCCGCGCGGCCGACCAUGGGCCGCGUGGACGCAGACACCAGGCGCCGACGGCCCCAUCAACUUACACCAGAUGAAGAGACCAUUGAAUUCAAGCCCAUCGCGAUUGUUGGAAUGGCGCUACGCCUCCCAGGCGGUGUCUGCUCGCCAAGCGACUUCUGGUCAAUGCUAAUGAACAAGGAGGACGGAAGGUGCGAGGUUCCGGGGAGCAGGUACAACAUCGAGGGCUUCCACCACUCCACCGAGGCUCGCUCCAUCAGGACGAGGCACGGGUACUAUUUGAAGGAGGACCCGGCGCUGUUCGACGCGGGGUUCUUCUCUAUUACGGCCCUGGAGGCGGAGCGCAUGGAUCCCCAGCAGCGCUUGCUUUUGGAGGUUGCGUGGGAGUGCCUGGAGAGCUCCGGGGAGCGCGACUGGCGUGGCAAGCGGAUUGGCUGCUAUGUUGGCGUCUUUGGGGGUGACUGGCUAGAGCUGGCGUGCAAGGAUACAGAGGCGAUCGAUCGGUAUCGGGCCAUAGGCAUUGGAGACUUUGCGCUGUCGAACAGGAUCUCUUAUGAGUUUGAUCUGCGCGGACCAAGCAUGACAAUCGAAACCGGCUGCUCCGCCUCGCUCUCCAGCCUCCAUGAAGCCUGCCUCGGCUUGCAAACAGGCACCUGCACCACCGCGCUUGUCUGCGGGACAAACCUGAUCCAUUCCCCCAGCAUGACAAUCACAAUGACCCAGAACGGCGUGCUCUCUCCCGACGGGAUCUGUCGCACCUUUGAUGCAAGCGCCAACGGGUACGGCCGCGGCGAGGCCAUCAACGCAGUGUAUAUCAAACCACUGGCUGCGGCUAUUCGGGAUGGGAACCCCAUUCGAGCUGUUAUCAGGGCGACGGGGUCGAACUUUGACGGGCGCACGCCGAAUAUUACGAGUCCGUGCCCAGACGCCCAGGAGGCGCUUAUCCGGAGUACGUAUGCGCGUGCGAGGAUAGCAGCGAUUGAGGAAACGGCGCUGUUUGAGUGUCAUGGGACGGCGACUGUGGCGGGGGACACGGUUGAGGCGUCGGUUGCUGCGCGGGUGUUUGGUGGGCAUGGAGUGUGGAUUGGAGCCGUUAAACCCAACGUGGGACAUUCCGAAGGAGCAUCCGGGCUGACGAGCCUGAUCAAAACCGUCCUCGCGCUCGAGAAUAGGAUCAUCCCGCCCAAUAUCCAUUUCGAGUCACCGAAUCCCGAUAUCCCGUUUGAACAAGGGAAGCUCAUGGUGCCAUUGGAGGCGACCCCCUGGCCGGACGGGCGGCGGCAGAGGGCCAGCGUCAACUCGUUUGGCAUCGGGGGCUCAAACGUCCACGUCGUUGUGGACUCGGCGGCUGAGCUUGUGCCGUCUCAACGAAGAACCGAGCCCAUAGAUGGGACAGGGAUAGAGGAGGAGCAACCCAAACUGCUCUUUGUGUCCGCACCGGGAGAGGAAAGCCUACAGAGGCGGAUCACGCAGGUGGCCGACUACGCGAACAACAAGGAGAAACACGGUGGCACCCUGCAGGACUUGGCAUACACGUUGGCGCUGUUGACGCAAUUGUCCCAUCGGGCCUAUGCAGUUGUCCAGCCAUCUUCGCCGAUUGAUCCCUCGAUCUUCCGCGCAUUCCGCGCCAUGAGAGAUCCCCAUCUGACGUUCGUGUUCACGGGACAGGGAGCGCAGUGGGCUGGGAUGGGCCACGGCCUGAUGAGCGCGUUUCCGGAGUUCCAUCGAGAUAUCCUCGAGAUGGAUAAAAUCAUAGACAGUAUUGGUGGCCCUGGGCGGCCGUGGUCUCUGGCCGAUGAACUAUCGCGACUAGAUCCCGAUUCUCCCCCGGCCCAAGCGGAGCUCACACAACCUCUCGUUACAGCGCUGCAGAUCGCGCUCUUUAACCUCCUCGCCAAGCGGUUUGGUAUCACCCCAUCCGCCGUCGUCGGCCACUCCAGCGGCGAGACCGCAGCUGCGUAUGCGGCAGGUGCAAUUACAAUGAGAGCGGCGAUACUGAUUGCGUACCUAAAAGGCAAAGCUGUCGCUUCUUUGGAGGGAACAGGUGCGAUGGCAGCGAUUGCGCUACCGCGGAGCCUCGUCACCCCCUAUCUCACAACGACAUCUGUGGUCCUCGCGUGUGAAAAUAGCCCGAAAAACGUGACGCUAGCGGGUGAUGAUGCUGUAGUUAGCGAAGUGAUGAGUCGGAUCCACGAGGAUCAUCCGGAGGUGCUUUGUCGGAGGCUGCGUGUUUCGAUUCCGUAUCAUUCUCCAACCAUGAAACAGGUUGGGCCGCACUUUGAGUCCAUCAUCGAACCCCACAUGGAAUACCAACCAGGUAGCACUAUGCUGCCGAUGUUCUCCAGCGUCCAGCCAGGAAGUAUCCGCGACCCAGCUCACCUGAACGCGCACUACUGGCGCGAAAACCUCGAGUCACCAGUCCUAUUCCAAGGCGCUGUCCAUGAUCUUCUCACUGCAAGCGGAUCCAAAAAGCACAUAUUCGUUGAAAUCGGCCCACACCCUCUGCUCGCAGGGCCGUGCCAGCAGAUCGCAAAAGGUACCGGCACGGCGAAGGAGCCGCCAACCCUCGUUUACAUCCCGACUGUCAGGCGCAACGAGGUCACCACCGCCAAUGCAACCAAUGCACACACGCAGAUCCUCGAGGCGGUUGCCACGGCACACUGCAAUGGUGUUCUGCCCACGAUAGACCUCCGCCGCGCCACGGGGCCCGGCCUGGCCCUUACGGAUCUGCCCCGGUACCCAUGGGACCACGGGACGAGGUACUGGCUUGCAAACCGGAUGGUUACGGACUGGCGGAUGGGCAGCGCGCCGCGUCAUGAGCUGCUUGGAAGGCGGGUCACGGAUUCUUCGGAUGCGGAACCGCUCUGGCGGAAUUUGUUCUUCCUGCAGGAGGUGGAGUGGCUCGAGGAGCAUGUCCUGGCAGGGCAAGUCCUGUUCCCGGCCGCCGGGUAUAUCGCCAUGGCCGGGGAGGCUGUGCAGCAACUCCAUCCGGAGGGUCAGGGGUAUUCAAUCAGGAAAGUGGUCUUCAAGGCCGCGCUGAUACUCACGGAGUUCAACCAGGUUGAAAUGAUCACGGCCCUCAAGCCGGUGCGGCUGAAUGAUUUGGUGACCUCGGACUGGUACGCCUUCACCAUCUCUGCACACGGUGGGACCGCCUGGACAACGCAUUGCCACGGAGAGGUUCGGCCGGGGUUUGAUUUCCCUCCAAAGGCGCGUACGGGGAAUAUCAAGCGCUCCCUCCGCCGCCGGGUGGAUGCUGCGCGCUGGUACCAGGUCCUGCGGAACCGCGGGCUCGAAUAUGGGGCGCGUUUUCGGGGCCUCAAAGAUGUCACCGCGGAUCCGAUUCAACGCACCUGCAUUGCGGGGGUGACCGACACCAUACCGACGCCAGAGAGCGGACACUCGCUGCAUCCGGUGGUGAUCGACCAGUGUCUCCAGGCCAUGAGCGUCGCCUGGGCGAACGGAAUCGGCCGGCGCCUUGUGGGCAUGGGGAUCCCCUUGGCGAUUGAGAAGCUGUACGUGCAUGCGGCCAGAGAGACAAUGACCGUUGACGUGCAGGUGGCGCAGGCGGGACACAACAAGCAGCUCGGACAAGCGACGCUGCUAUCCUCCGAGGGAGAGGUUCUGCUCUCCAUCGGCGACGCCGUCUUCUUCUCCGUCGAUAAUCAAUUGGCGCUGGGUGCGACCCCGUUGAUCCCACUGGCGUCGGAGAUACGCUGGGCCCCGGAUAUCGACCUGCUCCCCGCUUCAUCAUUGACGCGGAUGACGGAUAUGGAUGCCAAGACGCAAAAGGCAUUCCACGACUGCAUCCUGGCCUCGCAGCUGGCCAUAUGGCUGACGGAGGAGCGGCUGCGAGACGUCUCGCCGGCUGCACCGCACAUGGUCAAGUGGAAGGCCUGGGUCGGGGAGCAGGCGGCACGGAUUCGCCGCGGGGAGGCCAUGUUUGUCGAGGAGAUGCGGGCAUUCCGGGCAAAGCCACAUGAGCAGCAAGAGGCGGAGGUCCAGAGCAUGACGGAACGGUACUCCAGCGACGACCAGUGGAAAGGGUGUUCGCACACCAUCCAGGCCGUAUAUGACAACUGCGUCGCCCUCGCCAAAGGGGAAACAACGGCGAUCGACCUACUCCUGGCUGGGAACCAUUUGAAGGACUACUACCGAGCAGUGCAGGCCAGGUUCGACUGGACCCAGUUUCUGCCAGCCAUCGGCCAUGGCAACCCCCGGCUGCGGGUCCUCGAGAUCGGGGCCGGUACGGGGUCCGCGACUGCGGCGGUUCUGGAGUCGUUGCGGACGCCCGAGGGGGCACGCUUAUACUCUCAAUAUGCCUUUACCGACAUCUCCCCGGGGCUCAUCACCGCCGCCCGCGAGGAGUUUCAGCAUCCUGGAAUUGACUUUAGCGUCCUUGACAUCACAAAAGACCCAGAGGAACAGGGCUUCAGGCCGCAUGCGUAUGAUCUCGUGAUUGCCGGUAAUGUGCUUCAUGCCACGCCCAAGCUCGGUGAUACCCUGCGACAUGUCCGGAAGCUGCUGGCACCAGGAGGCUGGCUUCUUCUGCAGGAGCUCACUACGCCAGGACUGCUUAUGACGGAUUACAUCAUGGGGACUAUCGCCGGCUGGUGGAUAGGAGAAGACGAUGAUCGACCUGACCACCCCUACGUUGGGCCAGAGCGGUGGGACAGGGAGCUCAGGGGUGCAGGAUUUACCGGCAACGAGUCCAUAGCAUUCGACAGCGACGAGUCGUUGCGCAGCUCGUUCACGAUGCUGACACGCAUAGCACUGGACCCAACCCCGGUGGACGAAUGCGUCGGCGCCGAUGUCGAUCAAAGUGCCGUGUCGCUAUGCAGUCCCGGGUCUCAUACAUCACGCAGCAGAGAUAUAGCCCUCUUGACAAAUGGCGAGCCGGACGCGUGGGCGCUGGACCUCGCUGAGCGUCUGCGCUCCGGGGGCUACCUCGUCCAGUUUGUUCAGUGGGAUGAUACCCCCGCAAAAGACCAGUGUAUCAUUGCCCUAGUCGAGCUCGACGGUCGUUUCCUCUAUGAACUGGAUGAGAGACGAUAUCAGACACUGCAAGACUUCAUAGUCCGAAUCGACACGCAACAGCUGUUCUGGGUUACACGCAACACGCUGCUCAGACAAGGCGGCGCGCAGACUUGCGAGAUAGACCCUCGGUACGCCCUGGCCUUUGGGUUCGCGGCCGCCCUACGAUUGGAAAUGGACCGCCGCUUUAUAAACAUUCAGAUCGACCGAUUCCACGGCGCCGCUGCGGACGCUCUACUCCGAAUCGUUGACAAGGUGCUGGCCCGCGACCUCCAGCGGCCAGAUCUGGACCGGGAAUACGAGUUCGCUGUCGUGCAGGGAACCGUUCACGUCAGUCGGUGCCACUGGGUUCCGAUCAUGGACUUGGUGCCCGAUGAGGAACGCGCAGAUGCGGUCUAUAAGCUGGAUGUGCAAGUCCCUGGCGUGUUGGAUACGCUUCAAUGGGUCCAGGCGCAGGAGCAGCCCGUGGGAAGGGAUGAUGUGGAGAUCGAGAUGCACUAUAUUGGCUUGAACUUUCGCGACCUUAUGGUUGCCAUGGGCCUGGUUGGAGACGCAACCGAGUUCGGGCUCGAGGGGACCGGGAGAGUCCGGCGCGUUGGAGAGCAUGUCACGAACCUCGAGCCUGGCAAUGAGGUAGUCGUUGUGACAGGCGGGGUGAUGCGGAAUCGGGUGGUGGUUGACCAGAAACGCUGCGGGCGGCUGGAUCAGGAGGAUUCCCAUCUUGACCUGGAAGGGGCGGCGACAAUGCCCACCGUGUUCGCAACAGCGCUGUGGGUCUUUGUGCACCUGGCAAGACUUUGCAAGGGCCAGACGGUCCUCAUCCACUCGGGUUGCGGCGGCGUUGGGCUCGCCUCGAUCCGCGUCUGCCAGCAGUUGGGAGCAAAGAUUUUCGCAACGGUCGGCAACGAGGAAAAGGCUCAGUAUCUCGUUGACCGGAUGGGGAUCCCGCGGGACUGCAUCUUCAACUCGCGCGACGCGAGCUUUCUCCCCGAUAUCAUGCGCCAAACCAAGAACCGGGGCGUGGACGUGGUGUUGAAUUCCCUUGCCGGGAAUCUCCUGCAUGCGUCCUGGGAGUGUGUGGCGCCAUAUGGACAAUUCUUUGAGAUCGGAAAGCGCGAUUUCUUCACUCACGGAUCUCUGGACAUGUCCCCGUUCCUGCAGAAUCGCGCUUUCCACGGUGUGGACCUUGAGCACCUUGCGGACGCAAACUGGCAGGAGCUGCUUCGGGAAUUUGAAAAGUGGACCAGAGAAGGAAAAAUCGCACCCCUCGAGCCAAGGCGAGUCUUUGACGCCCGCGAUGUCGUGGAAGCAUUCCGCUACAUACAAACCGGCACCCACAUUGGCAAGAUCCUUUUGAAAAUGCCCGACCCCGCGGCCGAAUGGCACUGCAAGGCAAAACACAUCCAGGUGGACUUGCAGAACGACGCAGUCUACCUCUUGGUCGGGGGUCUGGGAGGCCUGGGACGUGCAAUUGCCACUUGGAUGUGGGAGCGAGGGGCGCGGCAUUUCAUAUUUCUUUCGCGGUCGGCUGGAGACUCAGUGGAGAAUCAAAAAUUCCUGGGUGAGCUGCAGGAUCUUGGAUGCACUGCAUCUGCUGUAGCCGGGGAUGUUGCGGACAUGAUCGACGUCCAGCGAGCCUUGUCGCAGUGCGCGGGGCGGCACCUGGCUGGCGUCCUCCAGCUGUCCAUGGUGCUGCGGGACAAAACGUUCCGCGACAUGCUUUUCUCCGACUGGACCGCAGCACUCGCGCCCAAGGUCCAGGGGACCUGGAACUUACACCAGGCGUUGCAAGGCCGCGAUCUCGACUUCUUCGUCCUCUUCGGCUCAGCUACUUCUGUCACGGGAAACUUUGGGCAAGCCAACUACGCCGCCGCAAACUCGUUUCUGGACGCCUUCGCCGGAUACCGCCGGCAGCAGGGGGUUCCCUGUUCCGUCGUCCAUCUGGGCCCCGUAGAGGAUAUCGGCAUGGUCAGCGAGAAUCCCAGGAUCCUGCAACGUGCUCGCGAGCUAGCUAUCCGGCUGGUCGACGAGAAGGAGGUCAUGGACGCGCUGGCCUUGGCAAUCGUCCAAUCUCCUGUUCGUCAGAGUAGUAACAGUACCCACCAGGAGGCGUACUCGUCCAUCAUCGGACUAGGCACGAGCAAACCAACGACGGACCCGGGCGUUGUCCCGAUCUGGCAAGGGGAUGCGCGGUUCGGGAUAUACUACGGGAUGGAAACGCAGGGGCUCGGGGAAACAAAGGCCUUUAUAUACAGGGACCGGGUAAAAGUGCUCAUGGGCCGAAUCGAGGCCGAGCCCAGUCUCCUUGACGAGCCCGAGCUGGGCCGCGAGCUGACGCUCGAACUGGGCGGGAUGAUGACCGAGUACAUGCCGUCGGCGGCGGACAUGAACGAGGAGCAGGUUGCCAACAUGAAGAUUGAUUCGCUGAUGGCCAUUGAGAUUAGAAAUGCGAUCCGGCGCUGUCUGGGGGUGGAUAUUACCAUGGGGGAGAUUAACAAGGCGGGGACUAUCAGGGGGUUGGCGCAGCUUGCUAUCUGUCAUUUGAAGGCCAAGUAUAAGGGGGACAGUAAGGCGAUUGCUUCAUAGCUGCCGCAUGCUUGGUCUUGGAGGCUAGACGCCUUAGAAGGAUGAAUUAAAGUCUAGGUAUCAUCAUCACCUUGGCCACCAUGCAAUUUGAUAGCCUUGAGCAGAAAAGUUUGGCCCAGGUCUAUAUCUUCCCUUGUUUUGUUUUUGAUCUGGACUAUGCCUACUGGCAGCCAUCACACAAUCCAUCGCUCGAUUUGUUGCUGUACCACCUUUUGGAAAAAUGAUUCAACGUGACAGCAGCGUGUACUGGGACUCAAAGUGACCAGGCAACCCUUCUGUCCAAACAAACACCUACACGAGUCUAAUGUCUGUAAAUAAGAAAAUCCUGCUCACUCAACC